GCCUUGACAACCUGCUUCAACUUUAUCUAAAUUUUUCACAGUGGACGGGGGGAUUUAGUUUCUGUCUUCGACGCAAAACCUCCUUCGAGAUGCUGAACUCCUGAUAGACAGCGCGAGCGCCCGGACGCGACGCUUCACCUGCAAUGUUUGGCGAUACGAGCAGUGCGACGCUUUGAUCUCGAAACUCGUAGUCACUCAUCUACACUAUGCAGAAUGGACGAGAACACAGACAUCGAGUUUAAAACCACUGGAUCCUCGCUGUUAAAUCCGUUGAGUGAUCUGGUGGGAGUUCCUCUGGAUCAGGUGAAUUUCAUUGUGUGUCAGGUGUUUGGACUGGCAGCUGCAGUCUGGUUUCGUCUGUAUCUCACUCCUCAGUUCACCACACCUGAGGUCAGACAUGCCGUCGCUGCUCUCCUCGGUGCUUCAUUCAUCAUGUUCUGCUUUGGCUGGUAUGCCGUGCACGUCUUCAUUUUGGUGUUGGCCUGCUAUGGGAUUAUACUCAAAGCCAGUAUCCACAAUGUUCACAGGUACACAAUGGUUGUAUCGAUCGGAUACCUCACAAUUUGCCAAGUGAGCAGAGUCAUCAUAUUCAACUAUGGAAUACUGUCCACAGACUUCUCAGGGCCUUUAAUGAUCAUUACACAAAAGAUCACCUUACUGGCUUUUCAGGUGCAUGAUGGAAUGUGUCAAAAGCAGGAGAAACUUACAGAAGAUCAGAGGCGGCUGGCAGUACACUCGAAGCCAUCGCUGUUGAAGUACCUCAGCUACAAUAUAAAUUUCCUGAGCGUCCUGGUGGGGCCUUGCAGUAACUAUAAGGACUACAUGGAGUUUAUAGAGGGCCAUCAUGUUCAGGGCAGACUGAGAAGUGUUAAAGACGCCAGCUCGCAGCAGAAUGGCUGGGACAAAAUGCCUGAACCGUCGCCUGUGAGGGCCGUGAUUAAUAAGCUUCUGGUGUGCGUUGGCUGUCUGGUGUGGUUCUUCAUCAUCACCAAAGCAUUCCCUAUAACCUACAACGUGGACCCGCAAUUCAUCAGCGAGGCCUCAUUCAUUACCAGACUGGCCUACGCCUUCAUUUCCAUCCAGGCAGCCAGACCCAAGUUCUACUUUGCGUGGACCCUCGCGGAUGCCAUUCAUAAUGCAGCGGGGUAUGGAAUCAGCGGCAUGGAUGAGAAUGGAAAAGUGUCCUGGGACCUCGUCUCCAACGUUUACAUCUGGAAGAUUGAGACUGCGGCAAGUUUAAAAUCAUUUAUUGACAGCUGGAAUAUACAGACUGCUUUGUGGCUGAAAAGCGUGUGUUACGAUCGAGCUCCGUAUUACCGCACGCCCCUCACAUUUGUGCUGUCGGCCAUCUGGCACGGAGUUUACCCAGGAUACUACUUUACUUUCAUCUCAGCUGUACCCAUCACCUUUGCAGCUCGCGCUGUGCGCAGAAACUUCCGGCAGUAUUUCUUGUCCUCCCGCCAGCUCAAGUUGUGUUACGAUGUGGUGACCUGGGCUGCCACUCAGCUGACUAUCUGUUACAUUGUUAUGCCUUUCCUUCUGCUGGCAGUGGAGCCCACAGUGAUGUAUUACAGGUCGAUGUACUUUCAUGUGCAUAUCAUCAGCAUUCUGGCUAUGAUCCUCUUGCCCAGCAAACCCAGGGGCUCCAAGACUCUAAGCCAUGCCAGGCACUCCAACAAUAACCUGAAGGUGGACUGAAUGCCUCGAAUGUGUGUGCGUGGACGGAGAGAGCAGAGGCAUGGGCAGACAAAGGCCACUUUGUGUGAUGCACAUACAAAGAGCUGGGCCUUGGCUCGCUGGCAGAGCAGCACUUAGGCGCACACAAACACACACACACAAACACACACACACAUAGCGUAACUUGCCAUUCAAACAGACACACAAUUGCUGGAGCAACGGUUCACAGGCACAGAUCAGGUUCUGGACAGGCUCAAUGAGGCCAUACUGUUCCUGCGCUGCACACAGUGCGAGUGGAAGCCAGUAUGUGACACCGUUACUAAGUAAAUGAAUGCGGCCCUUGAUUCAGGGUCUCACAGUGCUAGAGCCGUGAAAGUGUCCCUAAUUAUAAUGCCACCUAAUUUAUUCCGGGUACAGCUGAGUGAGGACUUUAUACUGACGUUGAAGAAUGUUUUGAUAUGUUUGUGGUUUCAUUUUUAAUAUCUCGGUUUUGUAUUGUUGAGAUGUGCAUCUUGAGGAUGUGAAACGACAAUGCGGUAUUGAAAUGCUAUGAAUGAAAAUACUAUUUCAAAUGUCAACUGAAAGACUAAUCAAACAAGUAGGCUUCAGUUAUUAGUAUUACAUGUGUUUGAAUGUGAUGCCUAAAUAAAUUCAUUUUUUGAACUCUUCGUACUUGGGCUUAUAGGAAACCACUUAGAAACGCCCUAACAACCAUUAUGAAGACAACGGCAAUAACAAAAAAACGAUAAAGAAAAUGCAAGUCUUUUGCAAAACUCAUCUGUAAUCUGCCAGAGUGGUGUUCUGGCUAUUGCUAUAUAUUCUUAGUGUUUUUACUGUAAUCUUGCAUGGUUAGUAAAUGGUUAGUUAAAGCAUUUAAAAUCCCCAUGAAAACUGAGUUUUUUUGCUUUUAGUAUCAAUAUGUUAGCCGUAAGGAUAUCUAAAAACAAGUGUGAUCCAAAACAUUGACAAAAUUCAUAUUUAGAAGAUCUAAAGCAUUUAAAUCUUACAGUCACUUCCACUAAAAUGGAUGAAAAAAUGUUAUGACAUCAUUCUGCGCUUCAGCUUCUCAUCAAAUUUUUCAGCCCUAGAAUCUAAAGAAUAGUGUCCGUCCCUGCUAUUGGCUAUUUUAAAAGAGCAGGAGCCGCUAAGAAUGUCACUCUUAAUUCACACACUGUCGGGAAAAAAAUGGUCAAAAAUGUACCCAAGCUGUCCCUGGGGCCAGGCCCGGUACUAGGCUGGCUGGACUGGGGGGAAAUCACAUAUUCUGGUUGGGCGACAUUUUUCUAGUCAUAUACUCAUAGUUCAUUUUUUCUGUGAUUACUUAAACAAUGCAUAAGAGAAACAUCCUGUACAUUUUUUUUAACUGUCAGAUUUUAAAUUGUAUACGUAUCCUCUUAAAGUUGAUGAGAGUUCAACAACUUUACAAAGUGCGCACCAAUAAAUAAGCCUGUUUUAAUAGUGAAAAUAUGCAGAAAUAAGGUUUAUGUUACUCUUUAUUUGUUGAUACAAUAAGAAAGCUGUACAAUUUGAGUGCAUAUGGCACAUUAUCUAUUGCUAGAAAUAGUAAAGUACUGUACCAUAUGCUGUUAUCAGGAAGAAAAACAGGAUAAGUAACCAUUGAGUUUUCUUUGCUGAAUGGCCAACCCGGUAUGGUUGGAAUGGCACAUUAAAUGGUUUAUGACUGAAUCCCCAACUAAUAUGAUUAUUUUUACAUAUUCUCUUUAAACUUUAGAGGUGAUAAAUCUGAGAAUGUUAGAGUUUCUAGCUAAGUGUGAGAUGUUAUUGAGAUCUCUUAUGAAACUUUAGAGGAGAUACAUGCGAGAAUGUUAGUCUCUAGCUAAAGGGAAUAAUCUGAGCACAGUGUGAGAUGUUAUUGAGAUCUCUUAUGAAACUUUAGAGGAGAUAUAUGUGAGAAUGUUAGUCUCUAGCUGAGGGGAAUAAUCUGAGCACAGUGUGAGAUGUUACGGAGAUCUCUUAUGAAACUUUAGAGGAGAUAAAUGUGAGAAUUUUAGAGUCUUUAGGUAAAGGGAAUAAUCUGAGCACAGUGUGAGAUGUUAUUGAGAUCUCUUAUGAAACUUUAGAGGAUAUACAUGUGAGAAUGUUAGUCUCUAGCUAAAGGGAAUAAUCUGAGCACAGUGUGAGAUGUUACAGAGAUCUCUUAUGAAACUUUAGAGGAGAUAAAUGUGAGAAUGUUAGUCUCUAGCUAAAGG